UUGACACGUAGCUGGUCUGCCGACGCAAUGGUGGAGUGUAUGAUUUGACUAGCCCAAUUAGCAAGCAACGGUCAGAGAAAGAUGUAUCGACAGUGCCUGACUUUUCCCCCGUUCUUACCUCGACAUUGUUCUAUAACAGGGUGAAGUGCUGCUGCUGCUGGUGCUUCAGAAAAAGUCAGACAGAAUUAUGGAUGCGGGACAUAAACCGUCAAAUGCAGAGACGUACGUACUGGCAGGAUCCAAUGGACACAAUGGAGCAAAAGAACUGGGUUUAAAUGACAUGGAGCGAAACCACGUUGGAAGAUUCUACGGAAUGGCCAGAAUGGCAUCGGACGUGCAGAAUAAAUGUGCGGCAUAUGUUUUAGCGCUCCGGCCGUGGAGUUUUAGUGCCUCGCUCACGCCCGUAGCGCUUGGCAGUGCACUUGCGUACAAACUGGAAGGCUCCGUUGACCUUUUAAUUCUCCUGGUUUGCGCGGUGGCGGUUCUCGUGGUACACGGAGCGGGGAACCUUGUGAACACGUAUUACGAUUUUUCCAAAGGGAUUGACCAUAAAAAGAGCGAUGACAGGACUUUGGUCGAUCAGAUUUUGGAGCCCCAGGACGUGGUGAUGUUUGGGGCUUUGUUGUAUUCUGUGGGGUGUCUUUGUGCGACCCUUCUCUAUUUUCUUUCCACGCUGAGGCUGGAGCAUCUAGCGCUCAUUUAUUUCGGUGGUCUCUCCAGCUCUUUCCUCUACACAGGAGGUAUUGGGCUGAAGUAUGUGGCCCUGGGUGAUGUAGUCAUCCUCAUCACGUUUGGUCCUCUGGCCGUCAUGUUUGCCCACGCUGUGCAGGUGGGCUACCUGUCGGUUCUGCCGCUGGUUUACGCCGUUCCCCUGGCCCUCAACACAGAAGCCAUCCUUCACAGCAACAACACACGGGACAUGGACUCAGACAAACAGGCAGGCAUCGUGACACUGGCCAUACUGAUCGGGCCAGCGUUCUCCUACAUCCUCUACAACCUGCUCCUCUUUGUCCCGUACGUUCUCUUCUGUAUCCUAGCAACGCGAUACACCAUCAGUAUGGCUCUACCCUUGCUAACCUUACCCAUGGCCUUCCCAUUGGAAAGGCAGUUUCGUAGCCAGUGCUAUUCCAAGAUCCCCCAAAAAACUGCAAAGCUUAACAUGUUAAUGGGACUCUUUUACGUGUUUGGGAUCAUUUUAGCACCACAAGGCAGCUUGCCACUACUGUGAGCUUGACUUUUUUUCCCCCCUCUUCCAUCUUUUCUUUUUGAUUUAAACAAAAAUGAUUAAGUAUCUGGGCAACUUGUUUGUAUUUAUGAUGAUAUAUGUCAGAGGUUUUAAAAACAAGGACGAUAAUUUAUUGUUUAAUUUAUACUGAUGUGAAAGUAGCACUUUUGAAUUCCCAAGCUGCCCAGAAACAUCAGUUGAGCAGUAUUAUUUGAGUACAUUUGUUUAUGUAGGAGAGUCGCCGUAAUUCAUUUGGAUGUAAAGAUGACUGAGAUUUCUGUUCUUUGGCAGAGUGGUAGCUCUCAGCGCAGUCUGCAAGGAAACUUCAGAAGAAACCGUUCAUAUCGCACUGUCGUGUCAAAAACUGUCCUAACCUGAUAGGUUAUGUCAAAAGUAGUGUUUUCUGUAGGACCAAAAAUAUGUGUGACAGGGAGCCACAUUUCCUAAAAGUUUCCACCAUUGCCACAAAAUAAAAAGAGAGAGAAAAAAAGGGGUGUGUCACACCGAAACCAUAUCUGUCCAGUAACACAUGAUUUCUGGCCUGUGUUUUCAGACAGAUUUACAGAGACAGUCAUUUUACAGGUUCACCCAUUACUUACUUGCCAUAACAGAACACAAUAAACUAUAGAAGACUCCUGUUUUUCUAAAUGAGCUCCAACAUUGAGAACUAAUAAUUGUGUAUUCGCAGAUGACUUUUCUAUAAUCUUAUGAUAACACAACAGAUGAGGCCCACUGUUUGCAUAAAACGCUCCAUACUGUCAAAGCCUUUGUCACGGUCAAUGGUAUGCAUCAUAUUUUGACUGUUUUAGUCUUUCAUGAAAUAAAAUCACUAAUGUCCCUGUAAUGGAAGCACACGUUGAAACUUUUAAGUGCGUAUGGCUCUGUAUUCAGGAGACGCUGUCAUAUUAGAAGCAGAAGAGGCUGAUGUGAUAGUCUGGCGCCAAACUCAAACUUUGCCCUUUUUGGGAAGUGUUCGAAGGACAGAAAUGCUGGUUAGGUGAGAGUCUGUGUGAGGAACUGUGUUCGGUGAGGUAUCUUAGGAGUAACUUCCAGAUCUUUUCAGAAUAAAGACUGUUUGGCAACCACUGGUGUCUGCAUGCAGUUCGUGGGACAUGUCAUGGUGAUAUGUUACAGACUUAAGGCAUCAGAGGGCUG